GUGCCAAACGAAUAAAUGUGCCUUGAAUUAGUUCAACGAAAAUCGUGUUUGUUAUUUUCCCAUAUCCGACAAAACAACACAGCAACAUCUUCAACAAAAUCGCCGAGAAGGAACAGCCUUCGGAGUUGGCCAAAUAUCCCGAACAGUUGGAAUGCACCGCCGAAGAGGUCCGACGUUUGGCCUCUGAUGUCACUAAGAACCUUCACCAACACGUCCUAUUUAAUAAGCACAAUAAGAAGACGCCGGAACACAGACUGGUUUUGGGCUUGAAAGAGGCGGUAGAAAAAUCCGGUGGUCAAGGCAGCCUAUUUCAGAAUGUCUUGCAGGAAACCACUGAUGUUCUCAAUACUCUGGUCACUGUUCGUGGAGACUUUGAAACCAGACUGGAGAAGGACAUAGUCGAUUCUUUGAACAAACUGAGCGAAGAAGUGUGUGCUUCUAUUACCAAGGCUAGACGUAAUCUAAACAAGGUGUCGAACGAGACACGGUUGGUUCGGGAGCAGCUUCUCAAGGCGAAUAUUUCCGGUCAAUCUCGCCCCGCAGAUGUUCAGUCCAAUAGUUCUGGUUCUUCAACAACGUUAAACGCAGACUCGGACUCAUCGCGCUUGACUGCACUUCAGAACCAGGUAGAUGAAAAAGAGCGAGAACUCUCCACGUGUAAGGAACUUCUGCUUCGCGAACUGUACACGUUUGCUGCCCAGGAAGACACCUAUGCAUUGCUUUUAGUGAAAUACCUGCAGUUUCAAGAGGCCUACCUAGAAGAAAGCCUGCAACUACUUCGAGGACGAAUUCCUGAGCUACUCACAUCCAUCCAAAAUGCGAAGCCUACCAACGUUUUCGGUUGUCACCUAACCAAACACCUCUCGCAAACCGGACGGCAACUAUCUUAUGUUCUGGAGACAUGCAUCAACCGGCUGAACACGGAAACUGUUUUGCAGGAAGAAGGCUUGUUUAGACGAUCUGGAGCCCAUCGCAGAAUGGACGUACUUGUGUUACUGCUUCACUUUAAGUACAUGUUCACCGUACUACGCUGUAUUUCGUACAGUUUGCUUACAUCUACACUGUUUUUGUACCAACAAUCUUGUUACCUCGAAAAGAAAGCCCUGAAUCUGCAGCAAGCCGAUGACUCACUUCUUGAUGCAUGCGAUUCCAUGGUGAUUACCGGGGCACUUAAGCAGUAUUUGAGCAGCCUACCUGAACCGUUGAUAACAUUCACACUGGCAAAACGAUGGGCCGAAGCUUCCAAAACCCCCGGAAUGGCGACGGUGGAUGUUGUUGCCAAAUGUCUGGAAGACAUGCCUGCAGAUUUCCGUCUCAAUUUGGCCUAUUUAUGUCUAUUUUUGUCCAAAGUCGCUGCAUUUUCUAACGUGAACAAAAUGACUGCGGACAAUCUGGCCAUAGUCAUCGGGCCGAACUUAUUCCGCCUAGAACCAAAUGAUACCCUUUCAGAAAAAGAAAGUGUGAAUGGUCGUCCAGGUCAUUCAUUGGAACUGUUUGGACACAGUGGCGCCGGUAUCCACCUGACCGACAUAUUAAUCCAGAAUGCAGAGAAGCUGUUCGCGAAGGAUAAAGGGAACCUACCUUCUCUGAUCACUGCCCACACAAUUGGACAUAACCGAAGUGCAUCUGCUACGACCUUGAGCGACAUGAAGCCAACAAAACCGCCGGAAUCCUAUCGUAAACGUACCGAAAGUCCUGAUGGCUUCCGGCCACCCAGACCUCUUGUUAUUCAGCCGCAUUCGGAGGCUAACGAACAUGAAAAUAUCGUGGUGCAGUCGAGCUCGGAAUCUAUCCACUAUGCCAAGAACGUAACGCCCGGGUCUGCUCGUAAAAAGUCCGCAGCCCCAAGACCACCUGUCCCUCCACCACCGACCUCAAGCCCUAACCAACCUGCUUUUAAACCGGAAUCCACCGCUCCCACGAUUACUGUGGAUCCUGUGGAAGCUGAAGAAAAUUCGCCACUAACGCCGGCAGGCAACGUCUUAAAUAGUUCACCCACGAUUGCGGUAACUUGUGCGGGUAAUUCUGUUUCCAUCCCCAAUCUCGGCACUCCUAAAUCACCCCAAUCAAACGGACUGCCAGUCCUCAAAGAACAACCAAAGAGACCUCCACGUCCUGCAUCGGUUUAUCAGGCUCCGUGCGAACCCCACCCACCAUGAUGUGCACAGACCACUUUCAUCCUCUUCCUCAAGAUAGUUUUUAAAGAACACUUUUCACAUCUCGUCCCAACCAAAAUCUGAUAUUGUUUUUUUUAUACGCCACGCGUUUCUGUAUGUAACUUGUGCGGGUAAUUCUGUUUCCAUCCCCAAUCUCGGCACUCCUAAAUCACCCCAAUCAAACGGACUGCCAGUCCUCAAAGAACAACCAAAGAGACCUCCACGUCCUGCAUCGGUUUAUCAGGCUCCGUGCGAACCCCACCCACCAUGAUGUGCACAGACCACUUUCAUCCUCUUCCUCAAGAUAGUUUUUAAAGAACACUUUUCACAUCUCGUCCCAACCAAAAUCUGAUAUUGUUUUUUUUAUACGCCACGCCGUUUCUGUAUUCCUUUCUCCAGUGUCUUUCAAAAGUCACCAAGCUCCACAGAUUAGGUUGUUUUCAUUUUUCCAUCGGUUUAACCGUUUCAAAAUGCACCAAAAUGUUUUCUAUUUGCUUGUCUUCGAUAAAUAGGUCACCGCAUUGUGAUUUUGGAAUAUCAUUCCUCGCAAAACAAGUAUUUCUACGUGUGUGUUUGAUAGCAGUGGACAACCGCAACUUCUUUUUGUCCCGUUCGUACCACCUUAUUAACUUCCUGCUUACCAGUCGCCACUUGCAAGUGGUCGGAAUCUGCUCAAACCAUUGCUUCAUUGUCCUUACUUGUUGGUAACUAUAUUUUUCUAAUUAUUUUUGACCAUGGAAUUUGAAUCCACA